AUGCCAGCAGAUGGUUUAUGUGCUAGUUUAACAUGUGAUCAAGAAAUAAAACAUCUAUAUGAAUGUCAUUGUUGCUCAAGUCUUAUUUGUUUAAAUCAUUUAAUUGAACAUGUUCAAGCAACACAACGAAACAAAGAACGACUUGUUAGUCUUCGAAAUGAAUUAAAAACAGUUGUUGAUACAUUUAAAGUAAUUAUUGAAAAGAAACUACUAAAUAUUGAACGUGAAAAGAAUUUAAUUGAACGAGCACAAAAAUUACUUGAUGUAGAAAAUGGUUCAAUCGAUGAAGUUCAGAUAAUUUUCGAAGAAAUCAAACAAGCGAUUGGACUUAGUCAAUUAGGUAAAAAAUGA